AUGAGCGCGAGGCAGAUCAGCAUUCACAGCGACUCCCAGCUCAUAGUAAAUCAGAUAACGGCAGACUUCGCAGCAAAGGAUGCCUCCAUGUCAGCCUACCUAUCGGCAGCCCACCAACUACUACAAAAAUUCCAGGCCUACGAGAUACGGCAGAUCCCCAGGUCGGAAAAUAACCACGCCGACGCGCUCUCACGAUUGGCCUCGGCCAUAAAUGACAAGAUCGGAAGGAAGGUACCGGUGGAGAUAUUAUCCCAACCGAGUACAACCGCCGCUGAGCCGGAACCCUUCCCUACCGAUAAGUCCCAAGCUCGGAAACUUCGCUACCGAUCGGCAAGAUACACAGUCAUCAACGAUGUUCUGUACAAACGGGGCUACACGACGCCGUAUUUAAAAUGCCUGACCAAGGAGCAGGGGGACUACAUCCUUCGGGAGGUCCACAGCGGAAUCUGCGGUGACCAUUCUGGAUCCCGAUCGCUCGCACACAAGGUCUUCCGGCAGGGUUAUUUCUGGCCGACUCUGCACCAGGAUGCGAACACACUAGUCAAGAGGUGUGACAAAUGCCAACGGUUCGGUAGUGUCCCUCAUAUUCCUGCCGAGCCACUGUCACCGAUCGUGAGCCCGUGGCCGUUCGCUCAGUGGGGACUAGAUCUAAUUGGUCCGAUGCCAGAAGGUAAGGGUCAGGUCAAAUACGUUGUUGUUGCCGUAGACUACUUUACCAAAUGGGUAGAAGCCAAAGCCCUAGCGACAAUAACGGCAGCCAGAGUCGAGGAUUUCGUCUGGACGAAUAUUUGCUGCCGAUUCGGCAUCCCCUACGCCAUCGUCACGGAUAACGGCAGGCAGUUUGAUUCGGAAGUCUUUAGGGAAUUCUGCACACGACUCAAGAUCAACCUGUUCUUUGCUUCGCCAGCACACCCCCAAUCGAACGGACAGGUCGAAGCCAUGAACAAAAUUGUCAAGAAGCUGUUGAAACGGCAGCUUGACAAAGCCAAAGGAGCCUGGCCGGAAAAGCUUCCGGAAGCGCUAUGGGCCAUCCGGACAUCCUACCGAACGGCAACUGGGGAAACACCAUUCUCUAUGGCUUUCGGUUCAGAGGCAGUAGUCCCAGUAGAAAUUGGAGAGCCCUCCUACCGAACGGAAACCUUCGCACCGAAGGCAAAUGAGGAAGCACUCGCUUUGAGCCUCGACCUGCUCGAAGAACGCCGAGCACAAGCCAACCUUCGGAACGAAGCUUACAAGCAACGCGUCUCUCGGUACUAUGACUCCAGGGUCAGAUCCCGCUCUUUCCGAAUCGGAGAUUGGGUCAUGCGGAAAGUCUCUUUGGCAACCAAGAAUCCCACGGAAGGAACCCUCGGACCUUCCUGGGAGGGACCCUACGAAAUCAUCGGUAUCCAGCGAUCGGGGACUUAUCGACUCAGAGACUCCAACGGAAAGACCCUCGGUCAUCCUUGGAACGUAGAGCAUUUGAAGUACUAUUUCAAAUGA